AUGGAAAGUAAAGUUAUUGUAAUUCACCAUGGAUCACAUUCGUUAAAGAUUGGAUUGGCAUCAGAAUCAGUUCCAAAAACAAUUCCAAAUUACAUAGCAAGAAAGAAAAAAGAAAAAAUCUCCACUCCAACAAUAACAACCACUGAAACACCAACAAUAGUAUCACCAGUAGAGUCAACUAUAAUAAAUAAUAAAUCAAAUGAAAAUAAUGAUGAUAUUAUGAAAAUAGAUGUUGAAAAUACAGUGACCCCUUCUGAAGCAGUUGGCACUACCACAGAAGAUGUUAAAUCAACAUUGCCAAUGGCAACAACAAUAACAACUGAUGAACAAGUUAAACCAACAUCAUCAACAUCAUCAACAUCAACAACAGAAGAAGUAGAAAUUAAACCAACUGAAUCAAUGGAUAUAGAUAAACCUAUAACUGAUUCAAAAACAAAUAUAACCUCAAAUAUAAAAAUUGAACAACCACCACCCCCAAUAAAUAUACAAACACAAACCAAAAUACAUAUACCAAAAAAAUUAUUAGAAGAGGUUGAACAAUCAGUUAAAGAGACUACUAAAUUAUUACCACCAGUUGAUUAUAUUAAAGUUAGACAAAAACCAACACUCUACAAUGAGAAUAAUUCCACAACUUUUGAAAUCAUUAAAAAGAAGAAAAAGAAAACCUCUUCAUUAUCAUCACUUACAAACGUUUCAACUACUCCACCACCCUAUGUCCCACAACCAUUAAACUACAACGAAAUCGAUUAUUGUAUUGGUGAUGAUGCAAUCGCAGUAAGCAGAGACAAAGAUAAAUGGUUUGCCUAUCAACCAAUCACCAUGUCAACUUUUAAUACUGGAAUCUAUCAUUCAGUUCAAUCAAUGUUUGAUGAUAUAACUCAAAUGUGGAAAUAUGCAAUUCAAAGAUAUUUAAAUAUACCAUCCUCUGAUUUAAGUAGCUAUGGAUGUGUUUAUGUUGUUACAGAUAAUAUUGAUAGAAAAUCAUUAAAACAAAUUACAACAUUAUUAUUAAAGGAAUUACAAUUUACAUCAGUAUUAUUCUUUCAAGAAUCAAUUUGUUCAUCGUUUGGAGUAUCAAUGGCAACACAAUCAUGUGUUAUUGAUUUAGGUCAUCAAAAGAUAUCGAUUGCAUGUGUUGAUGAAGGUUACCUUUUACCAAAUACUAGAUUAACACUUGGCUAUGGUGGUGAACAAUUAACAAAACUAUUGGAAUAUCUUUUAACUGGUAUGGAUAAGAGUGAUUCUGAUACAUUAACAAGACAAAUGGUUGCAAAACAAAUACAUAAAUAUUAUUUUCCUUUCAAAUCUUCAAUUUAUGAAUUAGUCGAUUUCUCUCCAUUUUAUUUAAAUGUUUUUGAUAAUAUUAAAAUUGAAAAUUUAGAUUAUUAUUAUAAUGAUUUUCAAAAACAAAGAGUUGGUACAUUUAAAGUUAAAGAUAUUAAACAUGAUAAACAUAUGAAUAUUUAUCAUUUUAAUGCAGAUGAAGUUUAUCAAGUUGUUGGUAUGUCUUUAUUUUAUCCAAAUAUUUUAUCACAAUUUGGUGGAAGUUCUGUAAAUUAUCUAAUUAAAUCAAGAUCAUUGGCAAAUACUAGUGAAAGUAAUUUAUAUGUUGAAGAUCAAAAACAUUAUUAUAAUCAUUACCUAUCAUCAUAUGAUCAUGAAGAUCCAUUCGAUGAUCAUAGUCAUAUACUUAGCUUUGCUCAAAAUAAUACAAGUAGAGAUAAUAAAGAUGGUAGUAAUAAUAAUAAUAUUAUUAAUAAUAAUAUAAUUAAUAAUAUUAUUAAUAAUAAUAAUAAUAAUAAUAAUAAUAGUAGUAGUAGUAGUAAUAAUAAUAAUAAUAAUAAUAAUAGUGGUAGUAAUAGUAAUAUUAAUAGUUAUAAUAAUAAUAAUAAUAAUAAUAAUAAUAAUAAUAAUAAUAAUAAUAAUAAUAAUAAUAAUAGUUUUAAUAAUGUUACAAUUGUAACAUCAACUUUAAAUUCAAAUUCAACAGUACCAUCAACUUUAAAUUCAAACUCAACAGUACCAUCAAUUUCUAAUUCAAAUUCAACGGUACCAUCAACUUCAACUUCAACAACAUCAUCACCAACAAAGAAAUUAAAAAUAGAAUCCUCAUCAAAUUGUGAAGAUAAUUAUAUUGAUAUUCCAUUGGAUAUUGCAAUUUUAAAGAGUGUAUCACAAUUGGAGAGAAGUGAUAUAAAUAAAAAGAAAUACUUAUCAAAUAUUCUUUUGGUUGGUGGUGGUGCCUUAGCACCUGGUAUUCAAGAUGUACUAAGAGUUUGUAUAUUUAAACAAUUGGAACAACAAUAUCAAGCUCAACAAUUACAAUUUCAACAACAACUACAACAACAACAACAACAACAACAACAAUUACAACAACAAUUACAAAAUUCCACAAACUCUGCUACAACCACCCCAACACCAUCCUCUACAACUAUAAUGCCACUUGAAAAUUAUAUUGGUUUUGCCAAUAGUUCCAUUAGAAGUGAUGUUGAUUGUCGUCAUGCUGGUUGGAGAGGUGGUGCAAUUUUAGGUUGUUUGGAAAGUACAAGAGAAAUUUGGAUCACCAGAAGUGAAUGGCAAGAUGGUAAAAAUUCCUCUGCUUUAAAUAAAUUACCAUUUUAA